GGCAGAAAGACGUGUUUUGGCCGGGCAUAAACCGGUAAACCAAGAAUAGCUCCCGUUGUCGGGAGAGAAAAAGGUACAUUCGCAAGCUUGACGAAGCUUCCUCAGUCUCACGGCUACAAAUCCGCUGUUGCUUAGGGCCCGUCCAAUAAAACUGUAGUGGCCUCAAACCCAUUCGACCAAGGUUGGAGUGCGCGAACUCUCCUCCCUCCCCCCCCCCCCCCCUCUCUACCUUUCUUCGUCCCUUCGUCGUGUCUCGUGGUGCCUCGUCGUUUCCUCUCCAUACACAGACCCCCGAUUUCGCAAUGGCCUCGCAAUUCUUCUCUCUUGAGGGCCAGACCGCUCUCGUCACUGGUGGCACGCGUGGAAUUGGCGCUGCCGUGGCUGUUGGCCUCGCCGAAGCAGGUGCCGACAUUCUCCUCGUCCAGCGGGACGAGUCGAGCAAAUCGACCAAGGAGGCCGUCGAGAAGCUCGGCCGCAGAGCCCAGAUCUACACGGCCGACCUCAGCUCUCAGGAGAGCGUCGCCGCCCUCGUGCCCAAGGUCCUCCAGGAUGGCCACCAGAUCCGCAUUCUCGUCAACUGCGCCGGUAUCCAGAAGCGCCACCCGUGCGAGAAGUUCCCCGACGACGACUUCAACGCUGUCAUCCAGGUCAACCUCAACUCCGUCUUCACCCUCACCCGCGAUGUCGGCGCUCACAUGCUUAACCUCGAACCCCAUCCCGUCACCGGCCGCAAAGGCAGCAUUAUCAACUACGCCUCCCUGCUAACUUUCCAGGGCGGCUUCACGGUGCCGGCCUAUGCCGCCUCCAAGGGCGCCGUCGGCCAGCUGACCAAGAGCUUCGCCAACGAGUGGACCUCCAAGGGCAUCACCGUCAACGCCAUCGCGCCUGGCUACAUCGAGACCGAGAUGAACACGGCGCUGCUCAACGACAAGGAGCGCCUAGCAAGCAUCAGCGCCCGCAUCCCCGCCGGCCGCUGGGGCACCCCCGAGGACUUCAAGGGCACCUCGGUGUACCUGGCCAGCAAGGCCAGCGGCUACGUGAGCGGCCAUGUCUUGGUUGUUGACGGCGGGUGGAUGGGUCGGUAAAUGAGUUGGAAGGACUGCUCCGAAGAAAUUCCCUCGGAUUUCUAUCAACCCGAGACGUGCAAGAGAGAAAGAAUCCAACUCCUCUUGAAAAGGGUUUUUGGUUUUUUUCAAGAAGGAAGAAACAGUUAUACCAACCAGCUCCGAUGACACGGCAUUAUGUAUCGCUCAUGAUUGCAAACCAGAACUAAAAGAAUUGCAUUUACCGUUCCCACCAACGCUGCGCGGAGU